AGAGUAGAGGGGGGCCGAUCAAAGCCAGUGCUUCGCGGGUGUGUGUGUUGCACUGUUGUGUGCUCUUGUGCUGUCGAUUUACCUCCUGGAAAAUUUAAAAAAAACUCUCCAUGGGAGCCCCACCCGAAACAAUCAGAAAUAUGAUGGGCACUACAACUGUGAAAAGUAAUUUUACGCCCAGGGCGUAAAUGAGUGUGAGAAAUCAUCGAAUGAAGAGGAAAGAAAUCCAGCAAAUGUGUAAAAAUGAAUGAUAUAGAAAGCAUCGGUAUGAAAAUGCCUCACAGUCAUUCGACACCAGCCGGUGUCGAUGGCGGAAGUCGAACGCCGCCCACAACCCCUAGAAAAGCUGGAAAGAUGCUUGCGGUCCGAAUUCAGAUGCUUGACGACACCAUCACGAUGUUCCAAGUGCAGGCAAAAGCAUUGGGCAGAGUUCUCUUUGACCAAGUCUGCAAACAGCUACAUCUCCUGGAAGCAGAUUACUUUGGCCUUGAAUAUCAGGAGACUAACGGAACGAGGUAUUGGUUGGACCUAGAAAAACCAGUUUGUCGACAAGUAGGACUAUCGCUUGUCGAUCCGCUCCUGAGAUUUUGCGUCAAGUUUUACACGCCUGAUCCCGCACAGCUCGAAGAAGAAUUCACUAGAUACUUGUUCUGUUUGCAAAUCAAACGAGACUUAGCUCAGGGUUUACUGCAGUGCAAUGAUAAUACUGCAGCAUUAAUGGCUAGCUAUAUUGUUCAAGCUGAGUGUGGUGAUUACGUUAUAGAAGAUUAUCCUGAUCACACGUAUUUGUCUACUUAUAAAUUCGUGCCUCAUCAAGAUCAGGAACUAGAACGACGUAUAAUGGAAAAUCACAAGAAACAUGCAGGACAAUCUCCUGCCGAAGCAGAUCUCAAUCUUUUAGAAACCGCUCGUCGCUGUGAAUUAUAUGGAAUGAAAAUGCAUCCUGCCAAAGAUCACGAAGGUGUACCGCUCAAUUUGGCAGUCGCGCACAUGGGUAUUGUUGUUUUUCAAAACUACACUAAAAUAAAUACAUUUAGUUGGGCGAAAAUUAGAAAAAUUAGUUUCAAACGGAAACGAUUUCUUAUUAAACUUCAUCCCGAAGGCUAUGGUUAUUACAAGGACACAGUCGAAUUUUUCUUCGAAGGUCGCAAUGAGUGCAAAAAUUUUUGGAAAAAAUGUGUAGAAAAUCAUGGAUUCUUCCGCUGUUCUGUUGUUAAACGCGUUGUACGCCAAAAGACGCGAGUCCUCAGUCGAGGAUCGUCUUUUAGGUACAGCGGUAAGACACAGAAACAGAUUGUGGAAUUCGUACGAGAUAAUUAUGUGAAGCGACAAACGUUCCAAAGGUGA